AUGGCAGUAGUGGUGAUCGACAACGGGUCGGGUGUUUGUAAGGCGGGGAUCGCCGGAGAAGAUGUGCCGAGAAUACGGUUCCCGUCGAAAGUGGGGCCGAAGUAUCCCAUAGAACACGGAAUUGUCACCAAUUGGGACGACAUGGAGACCAUAUGGAGGCACACGUACACCAAACUGGAAGUGUAUCCACACGAGCACCCGGUGCUCCUCACGGAAGCGCCACUCAAUCCAAAGGCCAACCGCGAAAAGAUGACUCAAAUCAUGUUCGAGAGGUUCAAUACCCCGGCCAUGUAUGUGGCUAUUCAGGGGGUACUGGCCCUCUACGCGACCGGUCGUACCACUGGUGUGGUGCUGGACGUUGGCGAUGGUGUUUCGCAUGUCGUUCCCAUCUAUGAGGGCUAUACCUUUCCACACGCUAUAGAGCGCCUCAAUUUGGCCGGUCGUGACCUCACAGACUAUCUCAUGAGACUCCUCACCGAAAGGGGCCAUUACUUGAGCACAGGUAUGGACCGCAACAAUGUCCGCACCAUUAAAGAGAACUUCUGUUACGUUUCACUCGAUUUUGAGCGCGAGAUGACCAGCCCUUCCCCUAAAGACAUGGACAGAGGUAUGCGUUUCGGUGCGAACCGACAGCUCAUCACAAUCGGUGACCAACGGUUCCGGUGUCCGGAGGCUCUCUUCCAGCCCUCGUUGUUAGGGAUGGACUCGUGUGGCGUCCAUCAGAUGACAUACAAGUCAGUGAUGAAGUGUGCGCUCGACUUGCGUAGGGAUCUGAUGGCCAACAUAGUGGUGUCGGGCGGCACCACAUUGUGUCCGGGAUUUGUAUAUCGGAUGCAGAAGGAGAUGACAGCUCUCGUCCGUAAGACUAUGAGAGCGAAAGUGACGGCCCCUUCGGACCCGCAAUACGCCGUAUGGAUCGGAGGCUCUAUUGUGGCCACUCUUUCCGCUUUCAAUGAUAUGUGUGUCUCGAAGGCCGAGUACGACGAGUCCGGAUCCGCUAUUGUUCACCGAAAGUGUUUCUAA